CGUUUUUCUUUUUAAAUGAUUGCCCAAAUCGACUUAUCAAAUUUCAAAGGCCAAUUUCUGACUAAUAAGGCGAGCGACAGCCUCGCCCCGGAAAAUUAAUAAUAAAUUGCGUGACGGCGUCGCUAUGACAGUGCCACGACCCCUCGUCGACUGUCGUCAGGUCUGUUGCCAUAAUAAUGGGCCCGAAAUCAAAUUAAUGUCGGAGCAUUGUGGGGGCCAUUAGGUCUGUCCAUCAAUGGGGAACGGUGGGCCGGUAUAAAGUGCGCCCGGGCCAGCGAGGGGUUUCACAGUUUUCAAAAAUGGUGAGGGCAACUUUUGUGAUCUGCUUGGCUGUGGCCCAGCUCCUGGGGAGACUGUCGGCAAUUCGCGUCCAUUGCCGGCAUGUGGAGCGCAUUCAUGAGGACCACAUCCACUACUGCUGCAAGCAUCCCGACGGGCAUGACGAGGUCACCGAGAUGUGCGCCAAGCAGACAAGUUUCCGACUACCUUCCACCGAGGAAGAGGCCAUGGAGGAUGUCACCGUGGACCAGGCCAUGGUGGGCACCUGCUGGGGCAAGUGCGUCUUCGAUCACUACAAGCUGCUGGACAGCAACGACACCCUGGACAUGAUUGCCGUCCACACCCACUACAAGAAGUACCACAAAACGGAUCCCGAGUACGAGACAGAAAUGCUGAACGCAUUCCAGAAAUGCCACUCCAAUACUGAGGAUGCCGCAUCGCAGUUUCUGUCUCUGCCCAUUGUGAGGGCCUUCGGCACGGGGAAAUUUUGCAAGCCCGCCUCCAGUGUGAUCCUCUCUUGCGUGAUAUACAAUUUCUUCCACAACUGCCCCCAGAGCCGUUGGUCGAAUUCCACCGAAUGCGAGGAGACGCGGGCCUUUGCCAAGAAGUGCAAAGAUGUCCUAACCACCAUGUGAGGAGGGGACUUUUAAGGAGUCUUCGAAAACACUUGAGAAAACAUGCUUUUAUGGGUACACAAAUUGUCAUUAAAGGAUCAUUGAAAUAUAUAGAUUGAAAGUUAAACAUUAAAAGAGGAUACAUUCGAUAUCCGGAAGGUUUUUCCUAUAACCUUAUUUCCUUGAUUUUAACAAAAUUUAUUUUCAAAUUUAGUGCAAUACAGAAUACUGUUAUAAAGCUAAUCAUAUCAAUAUCUGUUCAAUAAAAGCGGAGCUAUCAAAUAAUCGAUGU